AUGUCGAAAACAGAGCAACAGAAGUCAACGGCCGCCGACGAAGGAAUCAAGCAGUUGGUCUCAACGUUGCCCACAAAACCAGACUGCAAUUCCACCACCAAUCUUCUCUACCAAUACCAAGGAUUUUGGUACCACCAAUUUUACCUUGAACACCUAAUCGCAGCUCAAACCCACUUCACCCCUGAACCCAACAGCACCAUCCUCUGCAGCUACCCGAAAACCGGCACCACAUGGCUCAAGGCCCUCUCUUUCGCCAUAACCACAAGAACCCACUACCCGCCCUCUCAAUCCCCUCUCCUCUCCCGUUUCCCCCACGAUUGCGUCCCUUUCUUCGAGCUCGCCCCUUCGGUGGCUCGAAACAAGUUGCUCGUCGCGACCCACAUCCCCUACACUUCCUUGCCGGCCGCCGCCGCCGCGGCUUCCGGCUGCAAGCUUGCUUACAUCUGCCGGGAUCCCAAGGACGUGGUGGUUUCUCUGUGGCAAUUCCAGAGGAAACAGAAGAAGGAGGAGGACGACGACGGCGACGCCGACAUGGGGAUCGAAGAGGCUUUCGAGCAGUUCUGUGAAGGCAAUUCCGUUGCCGGGCCGUACUGGGACCAUGUUCUCGGGUACUGGAGGGCGAGUUUGGAGUUCCCUGAGAGGGUUUUGUUUGUGAGAUAUGAGGAAUUGAAGAGGGAAACGGAGAGGUGCGUGAAAGCAUUGGCGGAUUUUUUGGGUUGUGGGUUUAGCUUGGAGGAAGAGAAACAGGGGAUUGUGCAGGGGAUUAUUGAUCUGUGCAGCAUAGAGAGCUUGAAGGGAUUGGAUGUGACCAAGAAUGGCCGUUUCGCUCCGACGGAGAGCAUGCCGUAUACUAUACAUAACAGCUCGUUUUACAGGAAGGGGGAGGUUGGUGAUUGGAGGAAUUUUUUAACAGAGGAGAUGGGAGCUCGGUUGGAUAAGAUUAUGGCGGAUCGGUUUGCUGGGUCUGGGUUGGGACUCUGGUUUUCUGCUUCAAAUCAAGAAACGACUAAUUGA